CGUGCAUAGAUAACAGUGACGUCACGGAUAUAGAUCCGACAAAAAAUUUUACGAAUGGCUCUUAGCAGGAAAAUUUUUUUGUAGAAUUCAUGACGUCAUAUCUCAUGAAACUGUGAUAAGGCGAACUAUGAUGACAAUGAUAACGAGAAUAUCAAUGUUUUGUUUUUCAAAUUUCAACUGAAAGUCUGAAACUUGAAUUUGCUUUUACUUCACUUAAAUAAAGUUCUAUAAGUUUAAACUUUUACGAACAACAUUAUGUAUUCCUGUGAAGUUUGCGAAGCAAAGUUUCAAUCAAUUUCAGGUUUUAAUAAGCAUAUGAGGAUUAAACAUAAAGACUUAAAAAAAACUAAAGUUAUUAAACGUAACUUGUACACAUGCAAUGAUUGUAACGAAACUUUUGACUUAAAAAAGGUUUUGAUUCAGCAUGUCAAAAGCCAUUUGAUGAAAAAUGUACAGCGUCAAUCAUUAUGUUCGUUAUGUCCAAAAUCCUUUUCAUCAAUGUCUGGAUUGAUUGUUCAUUUACAGAGUAUACAUAAUGUAAAUAUUGAGACAAAAUUGCUACAUUUUGAAAAUAUAGAAGGAUAACGAUAUAAGUACCUGGAGAAAUGUUGUGUUUUUUGUUUUAUUGUGAAACUGUCGAUGACCGGAUGACUGGAUCAGUUUAUCAGUAUAAAGUAUUCAUUAUGUGAACGUUAAUUUUUUUUUACUUUAUCAUAUUUUGAAUCUGUAUGUACUAUUUACCAAGGCUGGGCAAAUUAAUGAUUUUUGUAACUGCAAUUAAUUAAAAUCAUUGAAUAUGGGGAGAAUAUCUAUUGGUCAGUUAUACAUUUUGGUUACAAUUAUAAUAUACAACUCUGACAUAAUAUAAUUUUCUUAACUUUAUAAAGAACAUUGUAGCUUGAUGUAAAAUUUACCAACCAGUAAAAUAGAUCUAAGCGUUUACAUUUUUUAUGAAGUGUUUUGUGAAGUGCCUCUAAGUACAUAUUUGUAUUAAUACUGACGUGUUUUCUACACAAGCAAGUCUGAUUCCUAUCCAUGUUUACUUGUAGCUCAAUUAUUAAUUUUAAAUAUUUGUUUUAUCUUCCUGUGUACUAAACACAAUGUUUUAUUUGUGAAUUUUUUGAAAAUUGACCUCCAAGUUUACUUGCUGACAUUGUA